GACGUCACAGAACUGUGUCUGUCUCUCUGAUUUCAUAUGGCCCUUUGUGAGUCUCCAUGAUCACAGCCACCGUGAAAAAAAAGGUCAACAAGCCGAUUUAAGUACUGUCUUCUGUCCCCCACAACACUCUUCCCCUGAUCCUGCUCCUCUGCAUUAUUUAGCACAUAUAACUUUCCUGCCUUCAUCUGGUUAUUAUCCUUAUUAUCCGGUCCUCGUUUGUUGAAUACAACUAUCAUUAGAGAUCAGCAUGUCAUCUGCUAAGGCGAAUGAGAGCAGUGACGACGCCGUGUAUACUACCUCUGGAGGGAAUCCGUAUCCCGAGCCUUACGAGGCUCAAAGGUUAGGAACCAAUGGUCCAUUGCUACUUCAAGAUUACCAUCACAUCGAUCUCCUUCAGCAUUUCCAUCGUGAACGUAUCCCUGAACGUGUGGUCCAUGCCAAGGGAUCGGGUGCCUUAGGCUAUCUUGAAAUCACGCACGAUAUCUCUGAUAUCUGUUGUGCAAAGCUGUUCAACAAGGUCGGUAAAAAAGCCCCGGUGGUCGUCAGAUUCUCGACUGUCGGUGGUGAAAGAGGCUCCCCAGAUACUGCCAGAGACCCUCGUGGUUUCUCUAUCAAGAUCAAGACGGAGGAGGGUAUUUGGGACUGGGUUUUCAACAACACCCCUGUCUUCUUCCUCAGGGACCCGGUCAAAUUUCCCCAUUUCAUCCACACUCAAAAGAGAUAUCCUCAGUCAAAUUUAUCUCACGGUGAUGAUCCCGACAUGUUUUGGGAUUACUUGUCCCAAAACCCAGAGUCGAUUCACCAGGUCAUGAUCUUAUUUGGUGACCGUGGUGUACCCGAUGGUUAUCGUGGGAUGAACGCGUAUUCGGGCCAUACUUUCAAGUUCGUUAAUGCAUCUGGAAGUUUCAAAUAUGUCCAGAUUCAUUGUUUGGCAGAUCAAAAACGAGGUGAAUUCUUAACGCAAGAAGAAUCUGUUAAGAAGGCAGGCGAAAGCCCCGAUCACUCUACCAAGGACUUAUUUGAUGCGAUUGAACGAAAGGAGUACCCUUCUUGGACUUGCUAUGUCCAAGAGAUGUCCGCUGAGCAAGCGCAAAAGUUUCGAUACAACAUUUUGGACCUUACAAAGGUAUGGCCCCACAAAGAGUUCCCGUUGCGUCCUUUUGCUAAAUUCGUGUUGAAUGAAAACCCGAUCAAUUACCACGCUCAAAUCGAGCAAGUGGCUUUCUCGCCGUCUCAUCUCCCGCCGGGAGUCGAGCCAAGUGCCGAUCCAGUACUUCAAUCCCGACUGUUCUCUUACAACGAUGCUCACAUUUACAGAUUAGGAAUCAACUAUACUCAGCUUCCUGUUAAUGAAUCUGUCAGCCCAGUCGCCAACUUUCAACGAGAUGGACGUAUGGCGUUAGGCGAUAACCAAGGGAAAAGACCCAAUUACAAGAGCACGAUCAAACCGAUGAAAUAUCCUCAAAGACCUUAUCAAUUCCCCGGAGAUCAUGAGGUUUUCAUCGGCCAAGCAGUCGCUGACCUCUCAACAGUCACGGAACUAGACUUCGAGCCUGCUCGUGCGCUGUGGUCGAAAGUCUUUGACGAUGGCGCCAAAGAACGUUUUGUCAAAAACGUCAGCGGACAUCUUGGGAACGUCAGUCUUGAUCGCAUCAAGAAGGAUCAAGUUGCUAUAUUCUUGGCCGUCGACAAAGAUUUAGGUACCAGAGUGGCCAAGGCAAUCGGUCUUAAAGAUAUGCCUGAGCCUUACAAACCCGAGCCUGCAGCUCAAGCAACUAAGUUUGCUCCGAACUUGAAGUCUUCGGGUCAAAUGAUCUUUGGAAAUAGCAUUCCAGCUUAGAACUGGAAUCCGUAAAAUAGCUAACGGAGUUGUAGCUUUGUUUUGUUCAUGCUUAGAUCCAUCAUCGGCGAUUUACACAUUACACGAAAAAAAAAAAAAAAACUAGCCGAAAAUCAACACACGAAGCAUUAAAUCGGUAGAACUUGUAAAUUUGACCAGCCUUGAUAAGAUGUAGCUGAAGAUGCUGGUGUUACUUUUCCGUCUCUACCCAGCAAGAAUUACACCACUCAAACAAAAAUGUAGCGUUUUGAAUCAACUGUUUGUGCAACAUAAAACUAAAACAAGUUAAUAUAUAUACAUGUGUAGAUCAUUGAAACAGGUACUCAAUUGCAAAACGAAAACCUUACCCCCAAAAUCAUGUUUCUCAAUCUUCAUAAUGAAUCGGUGGUGGCUCUAGGAGCACAAAAGGAGUGCUUGAGUGAUGUCCAUAAAUUCACAGCCCAAUUGCAGAGUUGGUGUUCAAAAAUCAGAUGACACAAUCUCAG